GCGGGACCACAAAGGAGAAAAGAAGUUAAUCUGAAAUCCAGAUGCCUUAAGGACUAACAGAGGGUCAAACUAAUCCAAACACACACUCACAAAUUCACAGAGCUCCAUCCCUUCUUGUGUUCUCUGUUGUUUUCUCAGAUUUUUACAAGUCAGCAGCCGGACUAAAACCAACUGGAUACUUUUCACGCUCAUGUUGUCUUGUUAAACUUUGCAGGCUGCAGUCAUAGCUACAGGAUUUGUUUCGGGAGUCUAUUUUAUACAGUUUGGUUUAGUUUGCCUCGGCAGCGAUUUCCAGAUGCAUUAAUGGCGUGAGCAGCCUCAGUGAUUGAGAUAUGGCGUUGUGCUGGUGCACCAUGGUCUUCUGCAGGUUGGCUCCAGUGUGCUUUCCCCUUAUCGUCACAUCAGUGCUAUGGCUAACGAUCUCCCCCGCCCAUGCUGUACCUCCCUGUCCACGGAGCUGUAGCUGUCCAGGUGUUAAAGAUGUCCACUGUACAUUCAGACAUCUCACUGCAAUGCCAAACAACUUUCCCAAAGACACAGAGAGGCUCAACCUAGGAUAUAAUAGUCUGACUGAAGUGGAAGGGUCCCAAUUCAGGUCGCUGCGGAAAUUGGAGAUGCUCAUGUUACAUGGUAACGACAUAAGCACUGUCCAACAUGGGGCAUUUUACAGCUUGCGAUCGCUCCAGAUGUUAAAGUUGAGUUACAACAAGCUAACAAGAGUGACCCCUGGGUUGUUUGAGGGUCUCCUUGUUCUGGUUCGUCUUCAUCUGGACCACAACCUCAUCAGCUUCAUCGAGCCAUACUCAUUUUCGGGUCUGACUUCUCUCAAACUAUUACAACUGGAAGGAAAUAUUCUUAAGGAGAUCCAUCCUCAUACCUUCAUUACAGUGUCUCUGCUAGGAAACUUUUGGACCUCUUCACUCAAACACUUACACCUUUCAGACAAUCUGUUGGAUCAGUUCCCUGCCUCUGUACUGAACACAGCUCCCAAGCUUGAGCUCCUCUCUCUUCAUGGUAACCCCUGGACUUGUGACUGUCAACUUCACUGGUUGCUACAAUGGAGUUCCACACAUGAAGGUGUGAUAAAGUGUAAAAAGGAACGUGAAACGAGCACAGUUGAGACUUGUCCUCAGUGUUUUUCACCUCAACCCUUAAAUGGUACCCUCUUGUUUGGGUUAACUGAAGACCAGCUGACCUGUGAUAGGCCAGCUCUUCAAUCUUCCCUGAAAUUGUGGGACAACCCAGUGUGGGCGGAAUCUGAUGCAGAGCCUGAUCUCCCAUACACCCGGGACCUUGAAAAGCCCUUAGGCGACCUAAGUUUUUCUCUAUCGGAUACCCAUGGAAAUAAUGCUCACGUGGUGUGUGAUGUGCGCCACCCAGGAGACAAUUCACCUAUAAGUUGGACAGUGAAUACACGGACAGCACAAGGGUUGUCUGUUAAUGUAUCUUUGGCAACCAUCCUUGAGUGUGAGAUUGAUCGGGAAAAAUUACAAAACCUAUGGCAAUUGGUUGCAUAUUACUAUGAAAGCCCUGCUGUCUUGGAGAGAGGUCAACAAAGACAAACAAACAGCAGCAGAACAACCUAUCAAUACUUCCAAGUUGCAAAUGAGAAUUCUCCUUAUUUUACAGACUUAAAGGGUUAUUUAGUGGCAGAGCCUGCGUGGCUGCUUCAACACAAAGUCACUUUAAAGCUUAAUAGAAUGCUAACAACAACCAAAAAACUAGUGAUGGAUUUCACUACAGUAAUCACCAAGCUUAUUAACAGCCAAAGAGGGCAGCAAGACAACUCUGACCUUACUUCUUCUUGGGCAAUGAUUCAACGUGGAACUGCUGGGCGUGUGAAGACUGCUUUGGAGGGCUCAGAGGUUCACCUACAAUGCAGUGUUGUCACUUCACACCAGGAAGUAAAAAUUGAGUGGAUGCUUCCCGAUUUAUCUAUUGUGGAGAGUAUGAGUGAUAAAGUCAAAAUUGAUGACACAGGGGACCUUGUGAUAAUGAAUGCAUCACAAUCCGACUCUGGUCUCUACCACUGUAUGAUCAGAACAAAAACUGGUGUGGAUUUGAUGUCUCUGAGGCUUACUGUCAAAGAACAAACGCUGAGCCCUACUGCUUUCAAUGGCCAGAAAAUCACAGUUGAAAAGGGAGGUUCAAUCGCUCUCGCAUGUGAAGUAACAUCUGUGCAACCCAGUCAAACUGUUUGGUACAUGCCGAAAAACAAAGUUCUUACACCUACACAAAAGACAAGAAAUGCAGCAGUAAUGGAGAAUGGUACUUUGGUGGUGAGGAAGUUGAUGGAAGAAGAUUCAGGGGAAUACAGUUGUUUGGCCUCGAAUCUCUAUGGAGUUGACAUGCUGUCACAUAUGGUGGAAGUCACAGGGGAAAAGGUAUCCCAUAACUCUGAAGUAGAGACAGAAACAGAGCAGCAAACCUUAAAUACUGAUGAGGAAGAGGGUUCAGCGGUGGAGUACCAGGAAACAGUUCGGCGUUUCGUGACACAGGUUCCAAUAAUAGAAAAACCGCAAAAGAAUCCUGGAAAAAAUAAAAUCCAAAGGAAAGAUUUUAUUGUAAAGAAAUUAGAUCCAAAUUACUGGGCAGAGGUUUUGGCUAAUGCCAAUGCUAAAUUACCCAUUUCACAGGCUUCAGAGUUGCCACUACCUGAUCCCAACACUCUAAUUGUCCCAACCAGUUUGACCAACCCUGCAACUACCCUUUCCUCCUAUACGAUAGCCAACAAAUUUCCUAUCACAACAAUUUCUGAAUUUCGGAUUGAGCCAACAGCUUUAUUGUUACAAACACAACCAACAACUUUGGUGACCUCACCUGCUAGAAGCACAGAGACAUCCCAUCAGCAGGUUAAUGGGAUUACAGAAAAAAAAAAUGAUGUAACAAUUAUUGCAACACAAGCUGCAAAAGGUGCAAAUAUAUCCUUUGGUGAAGGGAAUAAGAAAUUAGUUCCUAGCAGCUCAAAUCGGAGAAGGCCACCUUUUAGGCGUAGAAAACCUCAAAUGAGACGAAUUAACCAUAAUCUGAAGCCACUUCGUCCUUCAUCAAACAUGCUCAAAUCUACAGUUCCCCCACCAACAAUCACAACAACUCGUACUAGAGUCACUACCACCACCAAAGAUAGGCCAACACCUUCACUAACUACAGUCACUUACUACUACCAAGCAGGGGAAGACAAAUUCAAUGAAAAAUCUGAUUACAAGGAUAGUGGUGGUUUAAAUGGAAAAAAAGAAUCAAACAUUGAAACUCAUCAUACUGUUCAGGAUUUCGGAAGUAAAUUUACCAAAUUGCAAUCAGUUGCAGAAAAAGAAGCCACAUUAACUAUUUCUGCAGAAGCACAUACUUUACCGAACCUGAAAGGAAAGACAAAAGUUAGUUCUCUACCAACCAAUAUGACUGAAGAAACAGAGGAAGAUGGUAGAAUUAAAAAAAUAUCAGAAGGGAAGAGGGUGCAUAUUCUGGAAGAACAAGGAGAGACCGGGGGAAUGAACAGAAAUCUUGAGAAAGUCAAAGAAUCUGAGAAUGUGCUGGUCACCCAGAGUUACAAUAUGCGGAAUAACCUUAUUUCAACAAUCCAUACACCAAAGUCAAACUCUCAUCCUUCACUGGAACAGACAAGUGGUUCAUCAUCCAAAGUGAUAACUUCACAUUUAAACGAAGACAAAAUUAAAGAGGACAACAUCCACGAGGAAAAUAAAAAGGUGAAUGGAGCAAUAAUAAAGCCUGAAAUCCCCCAUGUUCCUAUAGUGCAGCCGAUUCACCCCUGGCUGCACCAGUACAAUCAAGAACAAGAGCAACCAACAUCUACACAGGUGCCACAAACACACAAAGACAGAUAUCCAGAAAAACGGAAAGAAGUGAAUCUUAGUAACCGCCCUUUGCCGCCUCGCAUUGCACCAACUUCACAUUGGUCUUCAAACCAUCAUCCCCAUCCUGCACAUCCUCCUUGGCAAGGUGCUGUGCCACGUAUUGUGCCCACACAAGAAACCAGACAUUUUCCCUAUCCUCGGGGUCAAAACCCAGUUGCUACUAACAGACCAGAAAUCAUAGCUGAAACAGUGAAGCCCACACCCACUCAUGGAGCCCAAGUUAGAGAUCAAUUGUUACUAUUGAGGCUUAGGAACAGAUACAGACAGGCAUAUAUUGAUCGUCUCUCACAGCUUGGAAAGAUAGUGACACCAAAACCACGCAUAAGCUACAACAAUCCUGUUAAGUCAAUUCAACCCAGUCCCAUACCUCUGAACCCGGUCAGACCCUUUCUUCCAAGACCACAAGCACCAACCCCUUUGUAUAAGUUGCAACCUCCAAACAUUGUUAAAACUACAGCAUCCUCAUUAUCUGAGUUCAAUUCGACCCCUCAUUCUUACCAACCUACCACCACAAGAUUACAGCACGGGGGUCAGAGGCCUGUUCAAGGAGCCGGAGCUGGUGGGGCAAAACCCCGCAUCACCACAGUUAACAAAGCCAGCAUGUCGGUGCUGGCAGAGGGUGACGCUGUUCUACAUUGUAAAGCAGCAGGGAAUCCUGAACCUAGGAUCGCAUGGACAAAAUUAUCGACAGGUGUCACCAUACCAGCCAACACCAAGCAUGGCUCCCGGUUUGAAGUCUUCAAAAAUGGAAGUUUUGUAAUUAACGCCAUCCAACUUCAGGACAGAGGCCAGUACCUCUGCACUGCCCAGAAUAUGUUUGGAUCAGAUCGUAUAGUGAUCACAUUAUCAGUCCAGACUGAGGCCCCGAAGAUUCAACGUCCCAGGUCUACCGAAAUAGCAAUCUACUUAGGAAAGAGUGUGACCCUUGAAUGUCUUUCUUCUGGAAAACCCCCAGCCGACAUUUCCUGGAUUCUGCCAGAUGGAACAUUUGUUCGUGAAAUUGGGAUUGUUCAUUCGCCACUUUCUCAAAUUUUACUGCUUGAGAAUGGCACAUUGCAAAUGCAGUCAACUAAUUUCUCCAGUAAAGGAGACUAUAAAUGUAUUGCAAGCAACGCAGCAGGCGCUGAUACAAUCACUUAUCAUCUUCAUGUUGCAGCUUUGCCUCCAAGCAUUAGUGAAACUGCAAGUGACACUGUGAUAAUUCCGGAAGGCAGGAGUAUAUAUGUCCACUGUUCCAUGAAGGGUGAACCGUUUCCUACUUUGAAGUGGACACUGCCAUCAGGAGUCCAUGUGAAGCCAUCACAGUUCCUGGGACAUAGGCUCUUUGUCUUUCCCAAUGGGACACUGUAUGUGAAAAAUGUCUCACCAGCUGAUGCAGGGAGGUACGAGUGUUUAGCUGCAAACACUGUGGGCAUUGCCAAAAGAACUGUGUGGCUUGAAGUGAGGGCUGAUAGCUCCUCAGAUAUCCGCCAUCCUCCUGUUCCAUUCCCCCCUACUCACCACCAUGCUGUUCCAUCCCGCCAGCACUCAGUCUCAGCUAUGUAUGGUUCUGCUGUUUACUUACACUGUCCAGAGUCUAGUGGAUACCCAAGAGGAACCAUCUGGCAGCUACCUUCCAAAACCAUCAUGGAGCAUCGAUACAGUCCGGAGAGACCAAUUAAAGUUUUCCGGAAUGGGACUCUGAGGAUACUUCAGUUAACAGAGUUAGACGGUGGAAAUUAUCUGUGUGUCUUUCAGCGACCCAAUGGAGAGGACGUGGAGCUCUUUCGGGUGGAUGUCUUGAUGACGCCGCCCAGAAUAAAGCAUGUGAGAACAACGCAACCAAAAGUCAACUUUGGAGAAAAUGUCCAGGUGGACUGUGUUGCAACAGGCCUUCCAGAUCCAGAAGUCUCUUGGAGCCUACCAGAUGGAACACUAAUCAACAAUGCCCUUCAGUCUGAUGACAGUGGCUAUCGCAACCGCCGAUAUGUUAUUUUUGGCAACGGAACGUUACUUCUCCAUCAAAUGGGCAAAGGAGAUGAGGGUGACUACACCUGUUAUGCAAAGAACAAACUGGGUAAAGAUGAGAGAAAAGUUAAUGUUAAAAUUGGACCAAAUGCCCCUAGAAUUAGCUUAAAAUCUCAGUCUGUGGUGACUGUGAAUUAUGGAGAUUUAGCUCAGUUGAGCUGUCAAGCAACAGGUGAACCAACACCAAGGAUUGUUUGGAUCUCACCACGAAAUGAUGUGAUCCAAAUGUCAUCAGACAAGUUUGACAUUUUGGAAAAUGGAAUGUUAGUGGUGAAAAGAGUAACGCUAACUGAUGAAGGGAAAUAUGCAUGUGUGGCACAAAAUUCUGCUGGUGAUGAUGUUAAAAACAUAGUUCUUGAAAUUGAAUCCAGGGAACCCUUUAUUAAUGGCAAAAAAGGGAAGAGUGACAACCAUGUUGAAGGCAUUUCUUAUCAAACAGUGCUGUUGGACUGCAAGGUGGAAGGGAAACCUAUGCCUAAGGUUUGGUGGGUUACCCCCUAUGGCCACUCACUCCAAACUUCCUACCUCAGUGGUCGCUUCCAAGUCCACCAAAAUGGCAGUUUGGAGGUAAGAGGGGUAAGGAAAACAGAUAAAGGCAGGUACAUGUGUCUGGCCAAAAACCAUUUAGGUGAAGCAUCAUUGGUUGUUGAAUUAGAUGUGGCGCCAAUAGCUGAGAAGCCAAGUUUUGCUGUUCCCAAUAUUGAAAUCAUAUCAAUACAACAAUAUGGCAAAGAAUUGCACCUGCAGUGCCCUGCCCGUGGCAAGCCAAAUCCAGAGUUUAUAUGGGUGCUACCUAAUGGGACAAUGUUGAUGCCUGGCGUUAGACUGCAACGCUUUACCCACCAUCAGGGUAACGGCACUCUGUGGAUCUCACAGCUGGCUGCAAUCGAUAAGGGAGUGUACAGGUGUCUAGCAAAGAAUGUGGCGGGGCAAGCAGAGAAGCGUUAUGCACUAGAAGCAGGCAGGAAGCCAACGAUCAGAGGACCAACAAGUGGGAUAAAGAUUACCUACGGCCAAACUCUCAACUUGCAUUGCACUGUGGAUGGCUGGCCACAGGCGUCAAUCACAUGGACCCUACCCAAUGGCUUCACUUUGGAUAAACCUCAGUCUAUUGGUCGAGUUACAUUCCUUGUUAAUGGAACCCUCCAGAUGAGGCAGAUUGCUACUUUUGACAAAGGGCCAUAUACAUGCAAAGCAUCUAAUGCAUUUGGCUCAUCAACAUUGACAUAUCCUGUCACAGUACUGGUUCAUCCUCCACGCGUCACCAGUAUGCUGCCCUCUAUCACCAGCGCCAGCCGAGGAUCACCAGUGAGGUUAAACUGUGUUGCGACUGGUGUUCCCAAGCCAGAAAUUUCCUGGACUUUACCUGGCCGUACUACAUUGGUUCCACAUAACCGCUACAUUGUGCAAGGAGGAAUACACAUGACAGAGGACGGUAGUCUGGUCAUUCAGAACCCUGUGCUCAUGAACUCUGGUAUCUAUAAAUGCAAUGCUAAAAAUGCCCUCGGAACAGAUUUUAAGAGUACAUACCUUCAGGUGAUCUGAGUGACAAGAUUUGUCUCUUAUUCUGGGACUGCAAGGUUGAGGAAAUCUCACGCAGGAUUAAGACUGGAUUAUUUGUCCAUAAGGAUGUAAGUAUCAAUGUAUUAUGCUACAAUGAAGAUACCCUGGAGACAAACCACUGGCUGUAUAGCUGUAGGCAGCCAGACACUUUGCAUUUUAAUUGUAUUAUUUAGUCCUUACCACAUUUCAAAAUGCAUUGGACACAUUACGUCAACCACUUACCUCUGGCUACAUUAUAGCUUUGAAUCAGUUGUCUGUUCAAUAAAAGUAUACUUUUAUACGAAGACGGUGUUGUAAGAAUGGACCUGUCUUGUAAUAACAUGUACCCGUUUGAUGUAGUAUCACUUCAGGGACCAUUCGUAAUUGUUCUGUAAAUGGUAGAAACUCUAAUACUCAUACUGUAUGUUUGCAUAUAAAUUAGUAUUUAUAGGGAAGAUUGAGCCUUGAGGAGAGUGCAGUACUCCUCUUUUUCAAUCACACUACUGGUGUGCCUUAUGGAAAAAUAUAUAAUACCAGAAUCUCAAUCUUUCAAUAGAAGUUCUUAACAAAGGAACAUAUAAAAUAUGCCUAUAUUAUAAAAGUUUAAUAUAUGAAAGUAAAUACAUUCUUAGAAUGAUCCAAGUUGUCUUAUUUAGCAAUUCUGGAAACUUGGGAGCUAUUAUGACAGUGAUGAUGCAAUAUCGCUUACAUUGUUAUUGAAACUUCCAUAUGAAAAUAAGUUAUGUUUCACAAAGCCUACUCAGUUAGGUAAUUCUCAGAUUACUCCUUUGUAACUAUUUCACUUUGAGGAUUAAAUGUUUGGAAGCGUUUUUUAGAUUUGUUAGAUACAUUGUGCUGAGGCCUAUUACUAAUGCUCCAAUAAUCUGAAAAGUAAUGUAAUUAUAAUCAAACUUCAUGGGCCAAGUUGGGUAGUGAUGAGGAAAUUUGGCUAAAAUGGAACAUGUUUUGCAUUAGCAUGCUAACUGUGAUUAUUACAUUAAGUUGUAUUAUUUACAUAUUGUAACCAUCAAACCAUUUUAGAAGGUACAAUAUAUUACUUAGUAUAUACAAGAUGAUUAAAAAAUGCUAUUGUUUGAGGUUGUAGAAAUUGAAUCACAUUCUAUCUUAUGUUUGUUUUGCAGCUAAUCAGCCAUAACGGAUACCUUUUAUGCUGUAUUA